GUAAGGCUAAGAAGAAAAAUCUGGUGGCUGGCGGCUUUUGUGUCUUUCUUACUAGUUGCGUGUAUGAUUAAGAUCAUCAUCAUCCUUGACCAUCCUGACAAAAGAUAUAUACGAUUUCCCUCAAAUAAAUUUUAAUUAGAUUUCGGUGCACCAACUUUAACUCAGCAGCAGCCACAUCUGACUUUGUUAACUUUAUUUCCCCCCACUCAAUCCCAUUAAGAAACUUCUUUCUUCGCCAUGGCGUUGCGAAGCGUAAUCUUCCUGAUUCUAGUCUCCCUUCCAGCUUCAUUGGCUUCAGCCAACGAUAAGCUAUCGGCAUAUCAAGUUCUUCAACAGUACGACUUCCCAGCAGGCAUCCUUCCCAAGGGCGUGAGUGGGUACGAAUUGAAUAGAGGCACGGGUGAGUUUUCAGCUCAUUUGCAGGGAACCUGCAACUUCAAAAUUGACUCCUACGAACUGAGUUACAAGUCCACCAUACAAGGAGUGAUCUCCCCAGGCAGGAUCACAAACUUGAAAGGUGUGAGCGUUAAGGUUCUCUUCUUCUGGCUUGACAUCGUCCAAGUCAUCCAUGAUGGGGACGAGAUGGAAUUCUCCGUAGGGAUCGCCUCCGCUAACUUCCCUAUUGAUAACUUUUACGAGUCUCCACAGUGUGGGUGCGGCUUCGACUGCAAUCGGUUCAAUGCUUUCGCAGCCGCCUCCAUUUAAUGAGGUGAGUACUCGUCGCCUUAUGAUAAAUUACUUUAGGGUAUGUCUUAGGUUUUCGGUCUUUUGGGAAAUUUAUGGUUAUGGUAUUAGCAUUAUAAUUAAGUCGGUCAGUUGAGUAUGGCAGUUUUAAGUUUUUAACCUAGAGAUUUCUUCUGAUUUUAACUUUUCAUAGUAAAAUAUUAAAGAGAAAGGCAACUUUCUGGAAUUGAAGAGAUGAAGGAUAAAAUUCUAAAAUGAAAAUAGAUGAAAAAUAAAGAGAUUAAGAGUAAAAAAAGAAAUUAAAAUUGGUUGAACGCUACAAGGUGAUGAUGGUUGGACAGAGUAACAUUAGGAUGGAGGUGAUAAGGAUAGUUAUUUAUACAUUUUUGUGGAUCUUGAGUUCAAGAUGGUUAUAUUUGGUCUCUUAUCCAAACCUCUGGAUGUAAUCAUCCAUAUAAUAUAUAUUUAUAUGUAAGAGAAACUCCAAUUGUUAGUGUUGUUUGAGAUAAUUGUUAGCUUAAUCAUGAAGGAGCUUCACAAUCAGUGCUUGUAUACAUUGUUGGGGUAAAAGUAUUUCCGGUUGUAUUUUACUUUAUAUAUUAUUCAAAAAUAGAUUAAUUAAAAAUAAAUAAAAUAAUUUUUCUAUUAAAAAUUUCAUGAAUUUUAUUAUUUUAAUAUAUUCUAAUCUAGUAAGGUUAAAAGUGUGGGUUUCAAUCUUGUUUCUAGAUCUUUGUUGUUCGUCUAUGGCCUCUUGUGUUAGGUUAUUUUAAGUCCAUUAAUUGUUUCAAUCAUUCGUAUCCAAUGUAUUACUCCUAUGUUACUUUUAUUGCACUAUUUUUUUAAAACGAGUUUAAACCUUUAAGGGGAUGGCAUCAA